AUUAUCUGUGCAAUCAUCUUGGAUCCAAGGUUUGCAAUGGCGACCACCAUGUUUCGAUCUGCUUGUAGAGUUUUGAGUUUUGGAGGACGAAUUUCGUCUCUAAAUGCGCCCCGAUUUACACCUGCAAUCCCAAGAAGAUGGUAUGCAGCUGCUAAUAUUCCUACAGAUUUGAAAUACACCGAUCAACAUGAAUGGAUUCGACUGGAAGGGGAUAUCGCCACUCUGGGUAUUACAAAUCAUGCUCAGGAUCAACUAGGAGAAGUGGUGUUCUGUGAAUUGCCCGAGGUCGGCGCUUUAGCUGACAAAGCUGGUGUUCUCUGUGUAAUAGAAAGUGUGAAGGCUGUGAGUGACAUCUAUGCCCCCCUUGCUGGAGAGGUGACUGAAGUUAAUACAAAAUUGGAAGAUGCCCCAGAGAAAAUAAAUGAAGAGCCAUAUGGGAAAGGUUGGCUCGUAAAGUUGAAGAUCUCUGACCAAUCAGAACUGUCUGAAUUAAUGGAUGCCGAAGCAUAUACGAAACUAACAGAGGAAAGUUAAAUGUGUGAAUAUUGCUUAUUAUUAGACUUGAAAUAGGACCGGAAGAACUAACUCAGUGGCUCUAAUUGCUGACCAUGACAGCCUUAACCUGGUCUUUAUGUAGUAUGAUGACAUUCUCGGUAAGCUUCAAAUCCGCAAGCUGCCAUCUCAGACAAGAAGAAGAAAAGGAUCACCGGGAAGGGUUGGCUUUGGUUGGUAAUUACCAUGACUGGAGUGGUCACCACAAAUUUUGAAUCUGUGUGCUCUUUUAUACUGGAAGGAUGUAAUUAGACAGAAAGUAAUUAGGUUUUGGACAUUGUGAUAAUAUUUGCUAAUAGAGUAACAUGUAACAUAGAUAGUGCUGAACAGAGACGUUCCCAAGAUGGUUGUUGCCCAGUGACAUUCAAACAUAGCUGCCAACCAUUACUCUCCACUAGAAGUUUCUUAUAAUUUAGCUGAAUGUCAUCUACGUGUAUGAGGUGCAAAAUAUUUUCUGUGACAAAGCAUAUGCAUUGCUAUGCUAUUCUACAGUUUUCUUUGUUGAUGUCUUUGGGUAUAUUAUGAUUGGCAGCUCAUUUGAAACAAGACUAUAUUACAUGUGAAUGUAAAUCGUGAAGGGACAUGCUAUGCAUUUGAUGUCAUUCUGUUUUACAUCUUUAGAAUAAGAUGUGUUGCAUGUAACAUUUCAGAGUGUGAAGAGCAGUCCAGCUUAUAUGCUGUUAAGUCCAGUAGAACCUCUCUCUCGAGCCUGACAAGUGAAGUCUUUAAGAGAUAGGUGUCCUGGUUAGAGAGGUGUCCGCUAAGGAAGGUUACACUUCACAUUAUUUGAUUACUUAAUGGUGAUCAUGACUAUUCAAUAUCUUCCCUAAAAGUUGAUCAGUUAUUAUAUACUCAGGUUGUGCUCCUGAUGAAGAUAAAUUUGUGUGAUUUUCACUUAGGGAAUAAAAUUACCAAAAUGUAUGUCGUUGAAAUAAAACAGUUUCAAAAAA